AUGGGACUGCGUAAACUCCUGCUAGUACAUAUUCUCGUAAUUCUCGUCUCUCGCAGCAAUGCUGAAUUAUAUUCGAUAGAGAUUCCGAAGAACAUCACAUUAACAAUGAAAAUUAUCAAACUUGAACUUGAAAGUACGAAAAAUGAACUUUUAACAACAAUCGACGAUCUUGAACAACGCAGCGGUAUCAGCGAUAUUACGAAUCAUCUGAUNUUGCAAUCACUUGCUAAAUUUCCUAAAUUGCCCAAACUUCGAAAACUUUAUCUCAGCGAUAAUCGUUUAAGUGCAGGCUUGGAGAAUCUCGAGGGAUGUCCAAAUUUAACGUUGCUGAUACUUGCCGGAAACAAAUUCAAAUCAAUUGACGAUCUCAAACCAUUAGGUAAAUUACCAAAAUUAUCUGUCCUUGAUUUGAUGAAUUGUGAGGUGACUAACGUUGAUGGAUACAAAGAAACAAUGUUUAACAUGUUACCACAACUAAAAUAUUUGGAUAAUGCAGAUAAAGAUGGAGUUGAAAAAGAUAGUGAUGACGAGGAUGAUGAUGAUGAUGAUGAAGAAGAAAAUGAUAAUGAAGACGAUGAUGACGAAGAAGACGAGUACGGAGAGGAUGACAGUAAAACUGGUUUGAAAGCUUUGUAUAAUGGAACACUUGAAGAAGGCGAUGAUGACGAAGAAGAAAGCUAUGAAGGAAACAGUGAAGAAGAGGAAUCCGACGAAGAUGAUGAUCUUUCUGAAGGUGAUGUUUCAGCUGGUCCUGUUGAAGAAGCACCAAAAGGUGAAAAACGCAAACGAAACGCUGAUAAUCAAGAAGAAAAUGAUGACGAUCCUCAACAUUUUGUGACUUUUUCGAAAGAUUUGAAAGCGGUGAUUGAAGCUGAAUCUGAUUUUGGAAUAAAAGCAGAUGAAAUGAGUCUUUUCUAUGAGGGAAAAUUACUUCCGGAUGAAAAUAAAACACUUGAACAAUGUAAAUUCAGUGAUUACGAUCUUAUCACAUGCCAACGAUCACGAUCUGCGGAGAGUUUGAAUAAUGGAGCGUCAGGUGGCGCACGUCGAAAUUUGAAUCCCCGCGAUCCUCGUCAACUUUUCGAAAUGCUUCGUUCCAAUCCCGAAAUGUUACAACAGAUACGUCAGAAUUCUCCACAAGUCGCUGAUGCUGUUCAGCGCGGUGAUUUCGACACUUUCAUUCAACAUGUCGCUGCUCGAUCACCUGAAAUGCAACAGCAAAUGGAACUCGAACGACUUGCUAGUCUCGAUCCAUUCGAUCCCGAAGUUCAACGACGCAUUCACGACAUUAUCAAUAUGCAAAAUGUGCAAGACAAUAUGGAACAUGCUGUUGAACAUGCACCAGAGGUCUUCGGUCACGUUGUUAUGCUUUACAUUAAUUGUAAAGUCAAUGGUCAUCUGGUGAAAGCAUUCGUUGACUCUGGUGCCCAGAUGACAAUCAUGAGCCAAGCUUGUGCAGAACGUUGUGGAAUCAUGCGUCUUGUUGAUCGACGUUUUAGUGGAAUCGCGAAAGGUGUUGGCACACAGAAAAUCAUCGGUCGAGUUCAUUUAGCUCAACUUGAAAUCGAAAAGCACUACUUUGCUACAUCUCUAUCCGUGUUAGAAGAUCAACCCAUGGAUAUGUUACUGGGACUGGAUAUGCUUCGGCGUCAUCAGUGUGUCCUGGAUCUGAACAAAAAUGUCCUUCGGCUGGCCAAUACUGUUGAAACGAGUUUUCUUCCCGAAUCAGAAUUACCGCAUCAUGCACGAUUGUCUGGAAAUGGCGCAGAAACGGAAGACGAUGAUUUAAGCAGAGCCGAAUCUCCGAUACAGCAAACGGCGAAAAGAACUCGAUCUGACGGCCAUCAGCAACCUCGUUCACAACAACCAGCAACGGCUAGUUCUACUACUACAUCAUCCUCAUCAUCAUCGUUUCCAGAAGAUACAAUAAAACAUAUCACCAAAAGUGGUUUUACAAGGGAACAAGCAAUCGAAGAGUUAAAAGUGACAAAUGGCGAUCCUACUAAAGCGCUUGUUUCGCUCAUGGCAAAAACUCUAUCAGUACCAAAACGAAAACGUUAA